GCGGAAGAUUUGAUGUUGAAUUCGCUUGUUAAAAGUUAGAAAUGGGAGUUAAAAGGUGAUUUAAAUAUGUGGUAGUUGUUAAUAAUGAUUAUCAUAUAUAUUGACAUCAUCCUACUUGUUAUUUUGUUACUGUUGAUUUUAUUUACUUGCGGGUAUUGUACAUAUAGAGUGCACAGAUUGAGGCAGAAUGGUCAAGUGGCAAUACUAUUAAAACCCACUAAAGUUCUUUUCUCGCACAAAAAGGAAGGUGAAGCAGAGCAGCUGAGAACUGUCGUAGCAUACCACAACCCUCUCACUGGUGACUAUUGUGUUCAUAAGAGUCGGGCUCCCAGAGGCUAUAUGAAUAACAUCGAAUACCCAGAUUCACCGGACAGCGGGGUUUCUGAUGAAUAUGAACCUUUGAACUUGGUACCUCCGGCACUAGACACAAACCCACCCGAGAUACAUCAGAUUCAGAAUCCAGCUAAAUCACCGAUCACACCAGUUUAUGAUAACAGCGUGAUUAAGACGUGGAAAUGGGAGUAUACUGAAUACCAGAUUUAAUUACUAUAAAGGAAAUAACGUUUCAUGUGCUAUAUACAGUUUUUUUUAUGCCAAUGGGCAACUGAACUGGUGGUAAUCGAGCACCACCGCCAAUGAACAUUCGCAGAGGUACGUAAGGGAUAAGGGAU